GCUGUAGCGGUGUGUGUGUAUAUGAGUGUGUGUGUAUAUGAGUGUGUGUGUGUGUGUGUGUGUGUGAGAGGAUCUGAGGGGAACAUGGCGACUCUGGGGCUUCUCAGCAGCAGCAGCAGGAGUGUGAGCGCGCGGUACAGACAGGCCGUCACCAAGUCGUGUUUGUGUUAUUUCUCCACAUCAUCUCGGCGUCACUCGAAGUUUUACUCCGAUCCCACUGAAGCCAUCAGAGACAUUCCGAAUGGAGCUACUCUUCUGGUUGGAGGGUUUGGUUUGUGUGGAAUUCCAGAGAAUCUGAUAAACAGUUUACUGAAGACGGGAGUGAAGAGACUCACUGCUGUCAGUAACAACGCCGGGGUGGAUGAUUUCGGUCUCGGUCUCCUCCUGAAGACGAAGCAGAUAAAGCGGAUGAUUUCAUCCUACGUUGGAGAGAACGCGGAGUUUGAGAGACAGUACCUGUCCGGAGAGCUGGAGGUGGAGCUAACACCACAGGGAACCCUGGCUGAGCGGAUCCGGGCCGGAGGAGCAGGAAUCCCCGCCUUCUUCACUGCUACAGGUUAUGGCACAUUAAUCCAGGAGGGAGGAUCCCCCAUUAAAUACAACGCUGACGGCUCCAUCGCCAUCGCCAGUCAACCCCGAGAGGUGCGUGAGUUCGGAGGGCAACACUUUGUGAUGGAGAAGGCAAUAACAGGAGAUUUUGCUCUGGUGAAAGCUUGGAAAGCUGAUCGAGCAGGAAACAUCAUCUUCAGAAAAACUGCCAGAAACUUCAACCAGCCCAUGUGUAAAGCAGCCAAGAUCACCAUCGUGGAGGUGGAGGAACUCGUGGAUGUGGGGACAUUUGCAGAAGAAGAUGUGCACAUUCCUAGUAUUUAUGUUCACCGCGUUGUGAAGGGUGAUCACUAUGAGAAACGGAUUGAGAAACGUACAGUAAGGAAGGCGCAGGUGGAGAAACCCAAACCAAAGAAGGACUCUGACAUCGUGAGGGAGCGAAUCAUCCGCAGGGCAGCGCUGGAGUUCGAGGACGGCAUGUACGCUAAUCUGGGAAUUGGAAUCCCUAUGUUGGCGAGUAAUUUCAUCAAACCUGAUAUCAAAGUCUACCUGCAGAGUGAAAACGGAAUUUUGGGAUUGGGUCCGUACCCUACAGAGGAGGAAGUGGAUGCGGAUCUCAUUAACGCUGGGAAGGAGACGGUGACGGUUCUCCCCGGAGCGGCGUACUUCUCCAGUGACGACUCCUUCUCCAUGAUCAGAGGUGGACACAUUAAUCUGACCAUGUUGGGAGCGAUGCAGGUGUCCAGGUACGGAGACUUGGCGAACUGGAUGAUCCCUGGUAAGAUGGUGAAGGGAAUGGGAGGAGCAAUGGAUCUGGUGGCGAGUGCUGGGACGAAAGUGGUGGUGACGAUGGAGCAUUCGGCCAAGGGAGGGAAACACAAGAUCCUGGAGAAGUGCACUCUGCCCCUGACUGGGAAACAGUGUGUGGAUCGCAUCAUCACUGAGAAGGCCGUAUUUGAUGUGGAUAAGGAUAAAGGGCUGACUCUGAUUGAGUUGUGGGCGGGGCUUACACCUGAUGAUAUCAGGAAGUGUACAGGAACUGAUUUUGAGGUUUCUACUGACCUGAAGCCGAUGCAGCAGAUCUGAACACACACGCGUGCGCGUACACACAGAGAGAACAAUUCAUGUCUGUAAAAUGAAUCAGUAGAUGAAGGUAGGGGGCGUAGUAUAACUUGAUAGUGUAAUGAGUGUGAAGUGAAAUGUUGGUGUCGAUAAAAAGCUGCUCUGAGUGAACAGGUACAGAGAGAUAACAGACUGAGCACGAAAAGACUUUCAUAUCUGUAGCAUUUCUUUAUAUAAUAAUAAUAAUAGUAAUGGUGAUUGUAAUUGUGGGAGUGUGUUAAGUGAGAAUUGUGCAGCUCAUCGCUCAGGUUCAGUUUAACACACUUCAGUUUUCUGAUCAUUAACUUUACUGAAGUCUGUGCAGAAUAAAGGAUUUCAUCUUAACUCUCUCUCUGUGUGUGUGUGUGUGUGUGUGUGUGUGUGUGUGUGUGUGUAAUGGAAUGAUAAACAGCAUCUGUGAUACUGGUGAUGAUAUUGUGUGAUGACAAAAGUAUGUGCCCCCUGACCAUCACACCCUGAUGUUCUUGUUGAAUGUCAAGUUUAUUUGUAUCGCGCUUUUAACAAUAAACAUUGUCACAAAGCA